AUGUCCAAGCCCAGCGACCACAUCAAGCGCCCCAUGAACGCCUUCAUGGUGUGGUCCCGCGGCCAACGGCGCAAGAUGGCCCAGGAGAACCCCAAGAUGCACAACUCGGAGAUUAGCAAGCGGCUGGGCGCGGAGUGGAAGUUGCUCUCCGAGGCGGAGAAGCGCCCCUACAUCGACGAGGCCAAGCGGCUGCGGGCGCAGCACAUGAAGGAGCAUCCCGACUACAAGUACCGGCCCCGGCGCAAGCCCAAGAACCUGCUGAAAAAGGACAGGUAUGUCUUCCCUUUGCCUUACCUCGGGGAAACAGAUCCCUUAAAGGCCGCCGGGCUUCCCGUGGGGGCCACUGACUCGCUGCUGAGCUCCCCGGAGAAGGCCAGGGCUUUCCUGCCUCCCACCUCAGCACCUUACUCCUUACUUGACCCCAGCCAGUUCAGCUCCAGCGCCAUUCAGAAGAUGACUGAGGUUCCUCACACCUUAGCCACCAGCACCCUGCCCUACGCCUCCACCUUGGGAUACCAGAACGGGGCGUUCGGCAGCUUGAGCUGCCCCAGCCAACACACCCACACUCACCCCUCGCCAACUAACCCGGGCUAUGUCGUGCCAUGUAACUGUACCGCUUGGUCGGCUUCCAGUUUGCAACCUCCAGUUGCCUACAUAUUAUUCCCAGGCAUGACCAAGACUGGGAUAGACCCCUAUUCUUCAGCACACGCGACUGCCAUGUAA